GUAAGUGAUUUCUCCUGGAGUCAUGAUGGCCGAAUGGCUCUGAUCUGCUAUAAGGAUGGCUUCGUUCUCGUAGGCUCUGUGACCGGUCAACGCUAUUGGUCAUCUCUGCUUGACCUGGAUGCUAAGCUGCUAUGUGGGGCAUGGGCACCGGAUGAUAAACAGGUUUUGUUAGGUACGUCCAAGGGGGAAAUCGUCGUGAUGGAUAUCCACGGUGCCUUGGUGACUCAGUGUAACCUAGCAACGGAGCGCCCCCUCAAGGCGCUGCUCUGGUCCUCAGAGAAAUUUCGGAUGGUUAACAUCGGGGACUGCGAAGGGGACGAGCGAAAGAAGAGGAAAGUAGGCAGUGACAAGCGGAAUCGUAAUAAGAGGAAGAGUCCAGUGAUGGCUGUAGACCUGGGUGACGGCGAGAUCCAGCUGAUGAAAAGUCAUGAUGAUCUCACUCCUAUAUGCGUCAAGACUGGAAUGACCGCAGCUGUAAAGAUGGAGUGGAGUGGUUGCGGGGGCUUCCUGGCCGUGGGUGGCACGCAACCUGUUGAGAGUAUCAGUGCCGUCAAGUUCUACGAUACCACGGGACAUCUACGCUUCACCCUCAAUAUUCCAUCUCAGAGACCACUCUCGGCGUUGACUUGGGGUCACAACGACCAGCGACUCUUUGUUGCAUGCGGCUCCAUCCUCCACGUGGCAUGGAUCGAGAAGGGCGUGGCCCCUCUGCAGGUGCUAUGUCGGGAGGUGAUCACUCCUCUCACCAAUGAGGAGAAGCUGAUCACCAAACUUCCCUUGCCUCUAAGACUCAGAAAUUAUGUCUCUGAGAGAUUGUCUCUCACGAUAAAGGGAUGCAUUCCAGAUCCAGCCAAACUCCGAGAGUUUGUCAGUCAACCACCUCCAGGCAAUGAAAGACUGCACUGCACGAUGGUACGGACAGAGUUCGACUCAAGAACCGGUAGUCCAUGUUUCACCCUCUUUCUGGAGUUCCUAGGAGGACUUGUCCCCCUUCUGAAGGGGAGAAGGAUAAGCAAGCUUAGACCGGAGUUUGUGAUCUACGAUCCCAAGACAAUACCAAAGAGUAAUGAGGACGAUGCCGGCGUCCCAACCUUCAUGAGUUCAGACGACAGCUCGUGCUCGGACGACAGCGAUGAGGAUCUGAUGUGCAACAUGCGACGCAAGACGGACAACCGCAACAGCAGCAGUAGUCCCAAGCCUAGGGAAAGUACACAAAGUGCAUCAGACUCGCCAAGACUGAAGGAGAAGGAAUUUGAUAGCUUGUUUCUAGAUAGUUUACCUGAACGCAAUCCCCUGGUGGAAGUCACAUCUAACAUCUGGGGCACCAAGUUCAAGAUCCAUGGCCUGGCUGAAUUCCUGCCAGCCAACCUUGGCCAGAUCAACUACAGGACAAGCUUACUGCAUCUACAACCGAGGCAGAUGACCAUUGCUCUGGUGGAACUCAAACCCGAGUUCCUGCGCAGUCGGCAGGAAGAGGACUCUGACUUCGAUCCUAAUGUCUUCAGUGAAGACGACGAUGAUGUUCAAGAUGUAGUGAAGAGUCCCCCUCUUGCCAAAGCAGCAGCAGCACCAAUUGCCCCGAUGACAUCGACCAACAGGAGCUUCUCAGAUACAGUAGAUUCAAACAACCACAAUCUCGUCAGUGAACUGACCCAACAAAGCAACGUUGAAAGUCAAACUGUUGACGAGGGAGAGACCGAUUCCAUUCCGCUUUUGGCAGAAACCACUCGCGAGGAAUACGCUCAACAAGGCGCUAUCCCAAAACAGAGACUGGUCUCACAAGGAAGGCGGAAGAUCGAAUCGGAAUGUGGGACGACCAGCUUAGCCGGUGGUCGCACGGGACCGCUGGAUGUUGUAACGGACGUUCGGUUGAUGAACGGCGGAGCGGAAGCGCUAGACGAGGGAAUUAUCUUACCAUCCGAUGUACAAGGCGAGGAGGAGCUACAGACUGAUUUGCCACGAUGGGCGGACACAGCUCCAAGACAUCCACGGCCAGGACAUUUAUGUGACGGUCCAGGUAGUAGUAGUCAGUCACCAAAGAAGAUGGCUAGGAGAAGAGAACAUUAUGAAUCAAAUGGUCACGGGACGGUGAAAGACACCGAUGUGACGUUAGCGAACGGUGUCAGACAUGUAGCAAUAAUGAAUGGUAGUCCUCAGAUAGAUAAAAUACGUAGAGCACCUAUAAGUGUGAAUGAACCAGAUCUUGACUCGUCAGAGCCAGCUAGGGCGCCCUCCCCCAAGCCUUGUGAAACACCGGUUGAGGAUAAGGGGAAGGAGAAGAAACAAACAGUGUCGUCACCUCAGACAAAAUCAAAGAGGUCCAAGUUAAAAGGAAAAAAAGCAGAAAAUGGACAAGAAGGGGCAUCAUCUGAGAAGCAAGGAUCUCCGAAACUCUCCGGAAGCACCCCGGAGAAUUCCUCCGGGAAGAGUCGGAAGUCGUUACGCAAAGCGUGGUCCAACUCUGACCGCUCGCCCUCGAGGUCUCGCAUGAAAUCCCAGGGAGAGAACUCUGACAGUGAGGCGGAGAAUCAAAAUGCCAACGAGGCAGGGGAUUCGUCGACGGCAAGCAGCGCUAAGUCGAGAAAAGCAAAACUGAUGAAACAGUAUGCUAACUGCAAAUCCAAGGUGUUUGUGAUGCAUAACAAAGCUCCCUUGUGGAAUGAGAAUACACAGGUUUAUCAACUGGACUUUGGCGGGAGAGUCACACAAGAAUCAGCUAAGAAUUUCCAAGUGGAGUUACAUGGAAAACAGAUCCAGGUGAUGCAGUUCGGCAAGAUAGAUGGCCAGGCCUACACCUUGGAUUUCCAGAGCCCCUUCUCGGCCAUCCAGGCCUUCGCGAUCGCUCUCGCAAACGUGACGCAGAGGCUGAAGUGAGGUGGCACUUGUGUGGAUGCCUUGGUUUGCCCAUCUUCCAAAGGCUCUUGCAAUCUCACUGGAAUCCAGGACCUACUGGUGACAUGGACUAGGAACAUCAACCUCCGGCAGGCCUGUAUUGAGCCCAUCAUCCAUUACACAGGCCUAUGCAGUUACUCUUGCAGAAAUGUGAGGUAGAGACAAAAGUAAGAUGGCUUCAGUGGAACGUUGGCGAGAUGACAAAAGCUUGGAAGAGCAAACUAUUGUGUGUUAACAAUGGUUUGACUCUCUAAAUCUUUGUCUUAUCAGAUUGUUCCUCUCAGGCCCCCUGCAGUUUCCUUUGGAACUUUGGCCUACUAGUUAAACACAGACCUCCAUUAGGUCCAUUCCUGACCUCAGUCAUUGGGUAUCCUAACCCAGGCAUGGGCCUACAUGUAUAACAUGAUAGCACUCAAAUCUUUCAUUAUCACUUGUGUAGAUAUGCAGGGCAUUAAUUUGUUAUCUUUAGGCCUUAGCAGUUCUUUGGAUGCGGCUCGAAGACCAAAACGUGAUGGGAUCAUCCUAAAUGUACAUGUAGCUUCAACCCUCAACCCUAGUGAAGUUUGGAUUUUAAUGCACUCUAGACCAUCCAGGCUUUCGGAAUACCUCAUGCAAGUGUGGUCAGUGGUGAAAGUGAUGCUGAUCACGCUUUCAUUGCUUGCAGAUGCAGUAGAGAGCGAGUGUCUCUGGUUAAGCACUUGCAUGUAGUCAUCACUGUCCAUAAAGAUAAGACAUCACUUGUAGAUGCCGAGGGAGAAAAAAGGGUGCAAAAUGAAGGAAGGUGCCAGGAGAAGCAUGAGACUGCCAUUGACAAACAAAGUAAAUGUAGUUCAAAAGUUGACAUGAGGUGUACACAGACCUGGGCUCCGUAACACAAAGGUUUGCAAUCAAUCGCUAAAUACCAAUGACCAAUCAAGAUCGUCGUUGCAUGCGCACUCUGUUUAAAAUACUGAAUGGGAACCAAUCAGUGAGGUUCUCUCAUAAUUGAAAUUCAUCGCAAACUUUCGUGUUACGGAGCCCUGGCUGUCUUUUCAUAAGGCUGUUCUUGACUUAAAAGUAAUUUUAGAAAAGACUUGAAAAUAGAAAGCCAUGUGUUAUUCAUACAAUCUCUUUUAGGAUUCCAAGUGUUGCUACUGAUCGUUAUUGAAUCAUGGCAAAUGGAUAACCAGAAGAGAGAAAAAAAAUGAUGAUAUUGAUAUUUAUUCAGUGUUUUCGACAAAAGUUUCAAAGCGCUGCUUAUACAAACGAAAGUGUGAAUUACAUGAGAAUA